CCACCUUCUUGUUUCUGUCUCUCUCUCAAAGAAUACAAUUAAAAUAAAAUUCCCAAUUUUUUUUUUUAAAAAAUCAAAUCAAAUCAAAAUUAAUUAUUUUUUUAAAAUGGAGACAAAAUAUUUACAAAGCACUAUAAAUUCAUCUCAUAAUCUCCCUCAAUUUUCUCACACAAACAAGAUUAACAGAUUUUACCCCCCUUUUUGCAUUUCUACAGUAAAAAUUCCAAAUUUAUCAUUUUCUUUCAAUCUUUUUCCUAGAUUUUCUGGGCAAUACUCAAAUUCUCUCCCCUCAAAUUGUUACAGAUCUUCCAAGAAGCCAAUCAAUCUUCAACCUUUAUCAUUCAAGAGGGAAGACAGACCAGAAAAAGAAGAAGAAAUGACAGUAACACCAGCAGUUCGAAUUGUAGACAGGAAAGUAAUAGUAAAAGACCGGACCAUCCUAACCGGAGUACCCAACAAUGUAAUAGCAACAUCUGCUUCAUCAUCUGGUCCGGUUGAGGGAGUUUUUAUAGGGGCUGAGUUUGACCAACCGAGCAGCAGACAUGUGGUGUCAUUAGGAACUCUUAAAGAUGCCCGGUUCAUGGCAUGUUUCCGGUUCAAGUUAUGGUGGAUGUCUCAAAAAAUGGGUGACAAAGGUGGUGACAUCCCUUUGGAAACUCAGUUUUUAUUGCUCGAGACUAAGGAUGGAUCUCACAUCGAUGGAGAUGAAUGUAAUCAGAUCAUGUAUACAGUUUUCUUGCCUUUGGUUGAGGGUCCAUUCAGGGCUUGCCUACAGGGGAACACACAAGAUGAAUUGGAGCUUUGUUUGGAGAGUGGAGAUGAUGACAUUAAAGGGGAUUUGUUUACUCAUUCUCUGUUUGUGAGUGCAGGGACUGAUCCCUACACCACCAUCUUUGAAGCGAUUAGGGCUGUUAAAUCUCAUCUUAAGACGUUUAGGCAACGUCAUGAGAAGAAGUUACCUGGGAUUAUUGACUAUUUUGGGUGGUGUACUUGGGAUGCAUUUUACAAAGAAGUUACUCAAGAAGGUGUUGAGGCUGGAUUGGCUAGCCUCACUGCCAGUGGGACCCCACCUAAGUUUGUGAUCAUUGACGAUGGUUGGCAGUCCGUUGAGGUUGAUGAACCCGUGCCAAGACUAACUGGGAUUAAGGAGAAUGAGAAGUUUCAGAACAAGGAUGACCCUGGUGUUGGAAUUAGGAACAUUGCAAGUAUAGCCAAGGAAAAAUACGGGUUGAAAUAUGUGUACGUGUGGCACGCCAUCACGGGGUAUUGGGGUGGGGUCCGGCCUGGGGUGAAGGAGAUGGAGGAAUAUGAGUCGCGGAUGAAGUACCCUAAUGUGUCUAAGGGAGUAAUGGGAAAUGAGCCAGUUUGGAAAAGUGACCCUAUGAAGGUGCAGGGAUUAGGACUAGUGAACCCAAAGAGUGUAUACAAGUUUUAUAAUGACUUGCAUAGUUACUUGGCUUCUAAGGGGAUUGAUGGGGUUAAGGUGGAUGUGCAAUGUAUAUUGGAAACCUUAGGUGGAGGACUUGGUGGUCGAGUGGAACUCACUAAGCAAUACCACCAAGCUCUUGAUGCUUCUGUGGCUAGAAAUUUCCCCGACAAUGGUUGCAUUGCGUGCAUGAGCCACAAUACUGAUGCAUUGUAUUGCUCAAAACAAACGGCAAUUGUGAGAGCAUCAGAUGAUUUUUACCCACGAGAUCCAGUGUCACACACUAUCCAUAUUGCAGCCGUGGCUUACAACAGUGUUUUCUUAGGGGAGUUUAUGCAACCUGAUUGGGAUAUGUUCCAUUCAGACCACCCUGCUGCUGAAUACCACGGUUCUGCCAGAGCUAUCAGUGGUGGACCGAUCUAUGUCAGUGAUGCACCUGGAAAGCACAACUUUGAUCUACUUAGGAAGCUUGUUUUGCCUGAUGGAUCAGUGCUCAGGCCCCGUUUGCCUGGUAGACCUACCCGUGAUUGCUUGUUCAAUGAUCCAGCUCGAGAUGGUAUUAGCUUGUUGAAGAUAUGGAACAUGAACAAGUACACUGGAGUGUUAGGAGUAUACAACUGCCAAGGAGCAGCAUGGAGUAGCACUGAGCGAAAGAACACAUUCCAUCCAACUCAGCCUGAAGCCCUAACAGGUGUGGUCCGUGGUCGAGAUGUCCACUUCAUCACCGAGGCUUCAUUGGACCCAACCGGAUGGAACUUGGACUGUGCUGUCUACCGUCACAGGACUGGCGAGGUUAUCACCUUGCCAUACAAUGUAGCUCUGCCCGUGUCACUAAAGGUCUUGGAAUAUGAUGUAUUCACUAUAACACCCAUCAAGGUCUUAGCCCCGGGCUAUAGCUUUGCCCCAUUUGGGCUAAUCAAAAUGUUUAACGCUGGUGGGGCCAUCGAUGGGAUAACAUACCAAGUCAGGAGUGGUUCCCGAGAUGAGAACGAGGCGGACCAUGGUGAUGAAAUGGUAGGGAAGGUCCAAAUGGAGGUGAAAGGUUGUGGGGUGUUUGGGGCUUACUCUUCAACAAGGCCCAAGAGGUGUCGUGUUGGAUCCGAGGAGGUCGAGUUUGAGUAUGAUUCUGGGUCGGGUUUGGUCACCUGGACUGUGGACCAAAUGCCUGAGGAGAGUAAGAAAGUUCACAUUAUUGAGGUUGAGUUAUAACUUAUAGUUUGUUUUUUUUUUUUUUUGACAGCACAACAAAAUAUUCAAUUAAACAAAGCUAUUCCCUUUUUCUAACUUUUUGGUUAGAUUAUGGGCUAUAGCAACAAUCAUACAACAUUGAAAAAUAAAUAACAAACCGUUACUAACUUGAGCAAUACAUGCUCUUACAAGCA